UUCUUCUCUUUCAAAUAAGCACCUAAAAGUACAACUGCUCAUAAUUAAAGCAGAAAAAUUCUUCCUGUAUAGAAUGGAGAAUUGGAUUAAGCAAAUCAGAGAGAAAUUAAUUGGUGCAGAAGAAGAGAAUAUAGCUGAUUUUGGCCGUGGUAGCAGGGACCAGAAAAUACCAAUACAGAAAAGUUCAUCUUUCAAAGAGAAGAAAAAGGCAAAUAAUUGGUUUCAGAGACAAUUUUCAAGGAAUAUGAGUCAUGAUUAUGAUUUCAUAGAAAUGGAGCAUGCAACAGCAGUAGCUGCAGCAGCAUUUGCAAUUAGUUCACAUGUCUCAGAAAUAACACAUGAGAAGAAAAUGAGUGGUUUUUCUGAAACCUCAUUGACCAAGACCAGAAGCAAUGUAUUUGAUAAAACAUCCACAUUAUCCCAAUUAGGUUCUGCAGCCAAAAGAUUAUCAGGCUCAUUGAAAAGCACAGAUGAACAAGUUAACAAGGUGCCAACAACAUCAACUUUAAGAGAAGAAAAGAAGCCUGAAAAGACAAUCACAUUCCCACCAGCACCAUCGAUGAAAAAGAUUCCAACUUUUAGUGAAAAAUCAAAGAGAACUAAUGAUAAAAAACCUGAUAUCCAAACACCAAAAAAGACUCCAACUUUUGGUGAUAACUACUUUAAUAACACCGAUGAUUCAAAACCUGAGACCUCACGACCAAAAACUCUUCCACGAGUUGAUGAUCCAACCAUGUUUUUAACGGCGCUGCCACCACCACCACCACCGCCACCGCCACCACAGCCACCAAUCAGGCAAACUUCAAUCUCUAAUAGACCAUCAACAAAACCAGGUGCAACAGAUACAAAGGCAGAUGCUUGGGAAAGGGAAGAGCUAAACAAGAUCAAACAAAGGUAUGAGAGAUUGUUAGAGACAAUAGAAACAUGGGAAAAGAGGAAGAAGAUGAAAGCAAGACGCAAGCUAAAUAAGCAUGAGCAGAGUGAAAAUGAGAGGAAAAAGCAGAAAGCGUGGAGGAAAUAUGAAGAGAAGAUAAAAUACAUAGAUGGGAUUGCAGCAGGAGCUAGAGCACAAUCAGAUGAAAAAAGAAAGAAUGAAACGGUUAAAGCAAAAGAGAAAGCGAACAUAAUUAGAACAACAGGCAAGCUUCCAGGGGCGUGUUCAUGCUUCUAAGAAACAAGAACAGCAAUACAUAUGUACAUAAUGUUAUUUGGUUUGAGUAAUGAACAAAUUCUGUGAUUAUUUGUUUCACUGUUCUAUGAAAUCUAUGAAGAUGCGUGUAUAAUAUUAAAAGUUGAUUUAAUCAGUAAAAUACACUUGGUAUUUCUUUGUUUGUAAGGUUGAAUCAGUUUCAACAUAGGAAAUUAUAAAGAAUCAUAUAACAAUGGCAAUUGGACAAUUCUGUUGAUGUUU